AGUAGGAUUGUUGGUGGUGCUGCCAGAAAGUCCGACGAUGUGGGUAUAAACAUAAAAAAGAUGAAAUUCUGGGCCCAUCUUGCAGUUUGUUUUUGCUUGGGAAAGGGUGUGGGCAGUGCUAGUGUUACCCAUGCUGUGGUGGUCAUUUUCCUGGAAUUCUUUGCCUGGGGCCUGCUCACCACACCUAUGCUGACCGUUCUACAUGAAACCUUCCCAGAACAUACGUUUCUCAUGAAUGGUCUCAUUCAAGGUGUAAAGGGCCUGUUGUCCUUCAUGAGUGCUCCACUCAUUGGCGCCUUGUCUGACGUGUGGGGCCGGAAGCCUUUCCUGCUGGUCACCGUGUUUUUCACCUGUGCCCCGAUUCCACUCAUAAGAAUAAGUCCCUGGUGGUAUUUUGCCAUGAUUUCUGUGUCUGGGGUCUUCUCUGUCACUUUCUCUGUAAUAUUUGCAUAUGUAGCAGAUGUCACUGAAGAACAUGAAAGAAAUACAGCAUAUGGAUUGGUAUCUGCAACGUUUGCUGCUAGCUUGGUCACCAGUCCAGCAAUCGGUGCCUACCUCUCUGAUAAUUAUGGAGACAAUCUAGUGGUGCUGGUGGCCACAGUCAUUGCGCUUGUGGACAUCUGCUUCAUCUUACUGGCUGUGCCAGAAUCUCUGCAGGAGAAGAUGAGACUUACAUCCUGGGGAGCACCAAUCUCAUGGCAGCAAGCUGACCCUUUUGUUUCCCUAAAGAAAGUGGGGAAGGAUUCCACAGUUCUGCGCAUGUGUAUCACAGUAUUCCUGUCCUAUUUACCGGAGGCUGGACAGUAUUCCUGCUUUUUCUUGUACCUUCGACAGGUCGUUAACUUCUCAUCCACAACUAUUGCAGCCUUUAUAGCAGUAGUGGGCAUUCUUUCCAUCUUGGCUCAGACGGCGUUCCUGAGCAUUUUAAUGAAAUCGAUCGGAAAUAAAAACACAGUGAUGCUCGGCCUUGGGUUUCAGAUGCUCCAGCUAACUUGGUAUGGUUUUGGAUCAGAACCGUGGAUGAUGUGGGCGGCAGGAGCUGUGGCAGCCAUGUCCAGCAUCACCUUCCCAGCUGUGAGCGCGCUGGUGUCCCAUUGUGCGGAUCCCGAUGAGCAGGGAGUGGUGCAGGGCAUGAUCACAGGCAUCCGAGGGCUGUGCAAUGGACUGGGGCCGGCUCUCUUUGGUUUCAUCUUCUUUAUGUUCAACGUCAGGCUGAACGAGAUGGCAUCCAUCCAGAAUGACAUGGCCUCCUCCUUAGAAGAUCCCACUGAGCAGCAGAGAGCGCUAAUUCCCGGGCCUCCCUUCGUCUUCGGAGCGUUCUCCGUGCUCCUGGCCUUCCUGGUGGCUCUGUUUAUCCCGGAGCAGCACGCCCCGCCAGUGAACGCCUGCAAUGCCCGCAAAAACAGCGGCAGCGACAGCAGCAUGGGGCAGACCCACAACCCGCUUCCAGGCAGCGACGAUGACAUCGAACCUCUGCUGCAGGACAGCAGUGUGUGACGGAGCCCCCCACCCCCACAUGGGGAAACGCAGAAGCUCUGACCUUCCAAGACCAGUAUAGCUGCACAUCAGUUCACAUUCCUGGCUAGGAACGUUUUUUUAAAUUAUUUUGCAGUUUCAAUGAAUGAUUUUUUUUCAACUAAUUAUUUUUUUUUAAGUAUUACUGUUUAAAUAGGUCGAAGAGAGGCUGGGGAAAUACAGGUUGUGGGGAAAGAUGUCCUCUGACACUAUGAAUGAAACUAUUGCAUUAUACUAAUUCUGUGAAACCCUAUUUAAUCAGAAAUGGUUGCUUGUUUUUAAUGACUUUCUGGAGGGAGGCUGUUACAAUAUACAGGUUCAGUAUGAUAAUGCAAAGAAAUUGUAUGUUACAGAUCAGUCUCAUUUCAUAGGUCUAUUAAUAAGCCUUACAACAUUUAUGCAGUGACCUUUUAUUUUUAUGGACUUGAACACUCUCAUCUUUACGCCUAAUAAGUGCAAAGGCAAUGGUCUUGAUGGUACUGCUCACAUAGUUCUUGAGUUUGUUACUGUAGGAUAUCAUGGGGGAUCUUUUCCUGCUUAAGUGUUUUUCCGCCUCAUGUUAGUGGGGUGAAAGGCAGUAAUAUUCUCCAGCUGGUGGUAUAGAUGUUUACUACAUUCUAUGCAUUGGUCUUAUUCUGUACUUUGUGAGACAUGGGCCCGCACAGCAAUCGCGACAUGAAAUUUUUGUAUAAUUGUAACUUGUAAUAUAUGAUAUAAAUUAUGAUCGACUUCUAUUUAUAUACACAUAUACCGUAAAUAAUGAACAUAUAAAACAAGUAUACAAAACUCUUGGUCAAUAUUAGCUUAUAGUGAAUAUGCUUUUUAUGGAUUUUAUUUAGCCUUUUUUAAUUGUGGACAUUUUAUAAUCUGAAUGAAAUCAAUCUAAAGGCAGUGUUUGACAUGGAAGCACAUUUAAAUGGAGAAAUAAACUUUUUCAUCAAAUGGCAUUAUAUUCUACUGCUGCGUAACUCAUCCCCCCUUAUCACCAGCCACCAUGACUUUGAUUUCUGGCUCACUGGUUCUCUACCUUUUCUACUUUGUUGCUUUUGAUCUUUUCAAAGAAAUGCAUAUCAGUUCCCUAUGCACCUACAGAGAGUAAGCAUCUCUCUGUCUGUUUUGGAAGUGGAGAGUUUACAGUCUGUCCCUUUUUAAAGGCUGUUAUGAAAUAUUUAGAAUAAUUGAUUAGUCAACAAAGCAUUUAUGUAUUGUGUAAGCAGUAGCUUGGUUUUCUGUCAAUUUCUGCCUUCCCCAAAACUUAUCAUUAUUGUAAAAUGUCUGGUCUGCUUUGUUUACCAAAAGUCACUCCUGGGAGUAUGAUUUGUGUAGUACUUUGGCCAUGUGUGAUUUCUCCCUGGAGGCUUGAAUUGAUGGUUACACUCCAAUCCACUGCAAUGUACUGAUCGGAUCUGUUAAUAGCAGCGAAUCUCCCUGAAUUCCCCAGAUGUGUCCCAAAUAGUCAUGAUAUGCCACUGUUACAGAACUGUGUCCAUAAAUGGUGUUCUGGUAGAACAAGCUUACCUGUGUAAUGAAUUGCCUCAUGGCAAUGUAAAGAGAGCUGUGUUUUACGUACCUUAGUAAUGCCUAUUCGAUUGGGAUGUAAGCAGAUCGUUUUGCUGUUUCUCCAGACCCAUGAUUACCAUUUUAUUUCACCAUGUUCAGUCGCUGAAAAUGAGCGUAAUACACAAACUUGCUAUAGACUUGCUGUUUAGAAUGUUUUUAAAAGAGAGAUUAUGCAUUCACCAAAAAAUGAUGUCAAAUGAUAUUCAGCUGGAUUCAGGUCACAGUGGCUAUUUUUGUAUAAUACUUGUAACUACAGUGGAAUAUGUGGGUAUUUUCUUUUUCUGUACAUCUCCUAAGAAGUAUUUAAAAGCAUAAUUUAUUAUACAUUUCCAGAAAGAUAUAUUUUUGGAACAGUUACAUUUAUUAGCCCACAACAAUUCUUCAAAUCUUUUGACACUUUAUAUAAUACUCUUGCAUAUAUGAAGAUUACUUCUCAGCAGUCUUCAGAUAAGCAAGUAAUAUGUCUUUUGUUCAAAGGAACCCUAACCCUCUAGUGUUGCAUUUGAUAAUGUGUUCUGCAUUUGCAGAGUACAUGAUUGAUGGAUUUACUUUUUUGCAUUCUGCAUCUCUUUGAAUUAUAUUCAAAUGUGCCUAAUGUGUGAACAUAUUAUUUUUAAGAGUAAAAUAUUUAUUGGUGUGUACAUGGGGCAGAUGUUACUGCAAAUGAUGUGUACAUGAGCUACAUAUUUGUAAUUGCUAUGUUUUUGUCUAAUAGUACUACAAAUUAGUCGCAAUAAUAAAGUAUGUUUUAAAAUAAUGUAUUUUAACAUUAUUGUCACCAGGUGGCAGUGUAACACUAAAUACCUCUUCCUGUAUAAUCUGCAUUGUAUACCUUUAACGGCAUUGGUUUGUCUCCAAGAUCAUUCUUAUGAGUUUUUAUACAGGUUCUUCCUAAAAUUUGCCAGCUCAGCAGGGUCAAGCCAAAGUGAGGAAUUGGAAAGCCCUCAAACCCAACAAAAAAUAAUGUGGCCAUUUAAAAAUUAAUGUAUCAAUACCACUGCAAACAUUUUUUUAUCUGCUGUGUAUAUCAAAGUAUUGGACCAUGAGGUGCCAGGGUCUUGGUUUCAGUGUGUUUGUUUUUUCUUUUUUCCAGUGUAUUUUUUUUUUUUAUCUCUGCCAGGUUGCAGAAGUGAUUAUGUCAGCCGAAGAAGUUUUGCUUUUCAGCACUUCCACUGAAAUGUGUAGCUAUUUCUGAGGGGAAAAAAUGCCGUCAUUAUUCAUUAUUUCUCAAUUAAUGAACCGCAACACCCCGAAACACUUGUGUUAAUAGAAGUGGGCAAAUGUACUUGUACUGCAGGUUGUCUAUUGCAAAACAGCAGAUACAAACUACGACUUAUCAAAAAAGCAUUUAUUUUGUGACACAUUCUUACUGCAAUUCCUCAUAAAUAAGCAGAUCUGACAUUUUCCCUUAACAUAAACAAUCAAUGUAAUUUAAUAGUAAACUGGCAGCACGUAAUUCUUACUGGCUGAAUUUCUUAUGGUAGGAAAAUGGAAAAAUUUAAGACCCCAAUGGCUAUGAUAGAAUUGCAGACUUGCAUCAUUAUGCAUUAUUAAGAGUUUAAUAAGAAAUAUAUCACAUUUUGAAUGGGGUUUGUGAGAAUAUUCAGAAAUGGUAAUACUUUUUCAUCACAGCUUAAAUGGUUGGCUAUCAUCCGUGCUUUUAUAGUGUCUGUACAUAAUUUGUUACUGUAAGAAGCGGAAACUUGCGAUAACAUUCUUUGUUCUUUAGCAGUCAGCUCAACUCAACAUUAUUUUUCUCCUGCAGGUGGCAGUGUGUAGACAUGCUUUAGAGUUCUGAACUGCUUAUUUAUUGCGAUAUUAUUUGAAGUUCCUAAAAGUUUGUUGCAGGUUAGUUUUUUUUUGUUGCUGUGCUUGGGGUGUGGUGAGAUGGCAACUAUACUUUUCAUCCAUUUUGUGAUACAGUCAGUUACAAAUAGCAUUUCCAUUGCAUGCUGCCUAACGGACCUCAAAAUUUAAUUGUAUUCAGUAACAAGGGUUUUUGAAUAAAAUAUUCCAACAUCGG